GGUGCGCGGCUUGCGGGGGAGGGCGCUAUACCUGCGUCCCGGGUGCCCGACCACGAGUGUUGUGUUUGGGAGACGGCGAGGUCCGCGCGGCGCCUCAGUAUCUGCCACAUUACCACUCUGCAAACGCUUGGAGAAGGGAAGGAAGAGAAGUACGUGUGGAAAAUAAACUAUUCUUUACCCAGACGUGACUGAAUAAAGUAAAUAAACGAAAAAAAAAACAGGUUCAUUCACGUAGAUCUUCAUAGAAUUUCAGUGUGAACAAUGGACAAAUAAUGGAAGAGGGAAGUAAAGAGCCUGGCUGGAGAGUUCUCGAGUGAUAAACACGCCACUAGGCCUCUUCACUGUGACAUCCUUAAAACAAAACAGUGUGGAUGUGACAGCGAGAAACCUGAGAAUUAUGGCAUAAAUAUGGAUAUUAGGAGCUGUUAAGAAUAUAAGUUCUUGUGAUUCUGAGAAAGGGAAACUAUUGCAUGAACUUAAACAUGAAGAUGAGUAAAUAAAGAAAUAAGGAUUUGUAAAUGUAAGAACAAGAUAUCAUGGCAGCAGAUUUACAUGUUAAGAAAAUUUCACUAAAGAACGAAUACUAGUAAAUGUGAAAAUUAGGAGUCGAAUUCAUUACAUAAUCUUGCACAUGAAGAGAUUUUAAGCAAGAGAAAAGAAAAUGAUAAUAUGAGAAAAAAGCUACGAAAACAAACUUACAUAUCAAGAAAAAAUAAAUAGAAACUAUGACAUAAGCUUUCACUUAAAGAAGAUUGAAGGAGAAAAUACGAGCAACUUAAUGUGAAAACCAGAAACUAUCCAGAAAAUCACACGUGGAAGAGAAUUAAAGUGAUCAAGUAAUUAUGAGCGGCAGAGGAGCGCUACGCGUGGCCCCUCCCGUCUUGGCUGCUGCUGGUGGCGGGUGACAAGUGGCGGGCCGGGAGCCACUGGGCCACGUUCAGGGACUUGGGCCAUAAGGUAAAGUAGGCGGGUCCAGCCGGGACGGGACGAGACGUUUAAGGGAGCUCAUCCGGAAGAGAGAGGAGGAAGUGCUUGUGAAAUAUUAAUACAAGAGGCGUAUUGUCAUGAAUAAGGAAUGAAAGGAGGAGUCUGGUUGGGUGACAUCACGUGAGAGAGGAAGAGAGAGAGAGUGGGAAAAAGAGAGGAGGACAGACCAAAGAGCGUGAACUUGGAAAAAAAAAAAACUUGAGUGUGUUUCAAGUGAAGAAGGAAGGCGGGAAGUGAAUGAGCGAAGGAAGCAGUGCCAGGGACGUACAGAGACUCAGGGACGGUGCCUUAGGGCGCAGCUGUCUCAAAAUGGCACCUGACAUUGAGGGACAGCCGCAACAACAACAGCAACAGGAGCAACAACAACAACAACAACAACAACAACAACAACAACAACAACAACAACAACAGCAACAACAGGCGCGAGGUGGCUCCUUACGUCAGCUCAUUACGAGAAUAUUCAGUGGUAUUCCCUUGUUGGUGAGGCAGCGAAGUCGGGGCGGCGCGGCGGGUGGCUCCAUGUCGGGGCCGGCAAGGGGGCGGCGUAGUAGUGUGGCGGGAGGGCCCAGGAGGCAGCUCUCCCGCCGCACCUCACGCAGGGAGUCACGGCGGGGGAAUAAGAACAGGCGGCGGAGCUCUGUCCAUCCCCCUGUCCACUUGCCUAGCAAGGAAGGGGAGGCGGGGGAGGAGGCCAAGGAGAAGCAGAAGGUGCCACCCAUGCGAAGACUCUCCCGGAUGCUAUCCAAUGCUGGACCCGCCCUUGUCCGCCGCGUCUCCAAGCUGCGCAGGAAAAGCUUAGCUCUGGUUGAAGGAGAUCAAGAGUAUGAGGACUUUGAGCUCACCCCGCUACGGUACCGACCUGAGGGUUUGGAUCAGCUAAGCGAAGCCACCAGGUUCUCGAAAGAGGAGCUGCAGUUCAUGUACCGAGGCUUCAAGCAGGAAUGUCCCACGGGUGUCAUCUCCGAGGAAACCUUCAAGGAGAUAUAUGGCAAGUUCUUCCCCCUCGGAGGACAACCCGAGGACGGCACUGGCAGAAAUUCUGCCAUGUACGCCCACUACGUGUUUGGCACCAUGGACCAUGACGGUUCAGGUACCAUCACGUUCGGCGACUUCAUCAUGGGCCUCUCGGUACUGCUCAAGGGCACAUUGCAGGAGAGAAUCAACUGGAUAUUCAACUUGUAUGACAUCAACAAUGACGGGUAUAUUACAAAAGAAGAGUUAGUUGACAUUGUCACAUCGAUUUAUGAUCUGAUGGGGGAACAGACAAGUCCAGCCAUUGAUGAUGGCACUCCAGUGGACCAUGUGGAACGGAUCUUUGAAAAGCUUGAUCUCAACAAGGAUGGUGUGGUUACUAUGGAUGAGUUCAUGGAGUACUGCUCAAAGCAGCCACACGAUCCUCAUGAGCGUGACUCCCUGCACAUCCACUUCAUCCCUUGGUUGAACAGCCUCACCCUCCAGGGCAAGGCUCAGAGGCAUACUGGCACCACUACCACUACCACUACCACCACCACCACCAUCACCAUCACCACCACCACUAGAUUCUGAAGGAUGUGUUUAAAAUAAAAUAAUCUUUCACUGUACGUACAU